GUUGUUUUGAAGUCCUGUGGAAUAGACAAUGGGAGAAGAUAAUGUAAAAGUGGCUCUGCAACAGUUUUUAACUUCUUAUAGAAUUACACUGAGUCCAAACUGUCAAGACGAGAAAUCACCAGCCGAAACAAUGUUUGGCCGACUUAUUAGGACAUUUUUUGAUAUUUUGAACCCUAAAGAAAGAAUGAGGGGACUACAAAAAAAUAAGGAGGGGGAUUGCUCGAGUACUCGAGAAUUCAAAGCAGAUGCCUCAGUCUGCGCAUGUGAUAUCCGGCCUGACGAUCCACCACCACAGAGUGAAAUGAGGAAAAAUGGGCUGAAAUCAGAAGUUAAACGAAGAUCACCCAGGGAACGAAAACAAACGAAAUUUCUUCAAAUAAAUCCAAAACUGAAGUCAUACGAUCAAAACUACGUUGUUUAAUACAUAAACAAGCCUGGUGUAGUCACGACACUUACGUGAUUAUUAAAUUUAAAUGUUUAUAUGUGUCUGUAUUCACUCAACAGUCUACUCAAGGUCGUUGUAACUAUUUCUAACCGACAAAACAAUAUCUAGUUUUCCUCGUGAUGCGAAGUGGUCAUGUUAGGAUUCUAAUUUAUCAUCACAUGCGUAUGCAUGCUUGUAGAUAUUUAUGUUAGAAAAGAAAACAAAUAUUUUUUACCCGGUCUUAUAUGUCAAUGGCAUACAAAAACUCACCUGUCGACUUUAAUGCGUAUACUUAAUUGAUAAGGCACCUACAUAGUCGGUUUGCUAUAAAGCCAUAUGAAGAC